CAAGGAACUCGGCUUUCUAUUCCCUUCACCCAAAGGGGGCGCAACUAUCCCCAGGAAAGAGCGGUCGCCUUCCAAGGAAGAGUUUUUGUCCCCGCCCGGCUCCCAUCCUCUAGUCUUUUCAGGUCCAAUUGAGCCCCUUCAAACAAGAUGGCGGCUUCCGCGGAGCAUCCUUUGCCUGAGCCUGCCAAGCCCUUACUCGGGCUCCUAAAUGGUAUCGCUCAGGCCACCUUUUACGGCAACACGGAGAUCACGGAGGAGUUGCUGCGGGAGCAGCUUUACCCGGAAACGGCGUCGCAGGAAUUUGGAGUCCUGCUAGCUAAAAUGAAAGGAAUCGUCAAGUCAAUAGCUUCAGCUGACAUGGAUUCAAAUCAACUAGAAGCUUUUCUGACUGCACAAACAAAGAAACCUGGGGGAAUCACAACCGAUCAUGCUAUAGUUAUUGCAAAAUUUUGGAAGAACCAGCGAGCAAAAAUUCAUGAGAGUCUGAUAAAUCAAAGCAAGUGGGAAAACAGCUUGAAAAACAUAAGCUGGAGAGUAGAUUUAAAAACACAGUCAAGACACAUUGACCAGAUGAACAGUCCUGUGGCAAUAGUUGAAAUGGAACUUGAGAAAAAUGGACCGGAAUCUGAGCUUUUGACCAUGGAAUUUGAUGAGACCGAAUUGAAUGAAAUGUUGAAAAAACUUUCAGAGAUUGAAGACAGCAUUAUUUCUCUGACCCAAGCAUCCUGAAUUUUCACUUAAAACAGUUUGAGUCAUACUAAGAUUGACCUUAGUUACACAUGUAGUUUAUCCUGGACAUCGUGGUGUUCUUUGUUUGAAAACUUAUACAUAAACAUGGGAUCAAAGAGAAGGAAAAAAGAUAAUGGAGGCAUUCAAACUGAUGUACAUAUUAAAACAAAAGAACAUAACUGAAUGCAUUGAAAGAAAAUAUUCCUCCAGAAAAAUGUUGAAUUUGUAUAAUAAAAGAGCAAAUAUAUUCAUUCACCUUUUCUAUUAUUGACAUCACUGUAUGAUUUAUUCAUCCAGCCACUGAAAAGCAAUUUGUAACAAUGACUGCUCUAUAUUUGUAGAUCCAGGAGAGAGAAUUCCAUUAAAAUAUAUAUUUUUCUUUCUUUAUUUUGCUUCAUAUUUUCACGUUCAAAAAGGUUGCUACUUGAGGAAAAUGAAACAGUAGUGUAUUUUAGUUUCAUCUUCUUUUUCUGGGAUAUUCUUUUGUGGGAAAUUGCAGAUUCCAUGCUAGAAAUAAUUCUUUAGUUGUUAAUUGACCCAUUAGGAUGUGACAGAUCUUCCAUUUCUUUAGCACAAAACCUAGCUAUAGACUCUAUAAAAAAAGGUGGUCAUUUAAAAAAAACACUAUAUAAAGUUCAUUAGCAAUAGAGAGUAUGUAUUCACAAGCAUUUUCAGCAUUAACUGUUUCAUUAUCUCAGCAGUAUGGUAUUGAAUACUACAGAACUUAUUGAAAAUGCAGAGUAUAUGGACAAAACAUUAAAGAGAAAUGGAUAUCCACUCUAGAAUGUCUUAAUGCUUACAAUCUAUAUUUUUAUGCCAAACCACCUUCUGCUAUUCGACUUGGCCCUCUGUAAAAGAGAUCAUAUGUUUAAGUGUUGCCUUAGAAACUAGCCUUGAAGUGUUUCUUCCAGAAUAUGUGCUUUCCACUUGACAAUACAGCUAUUGAGUUUGCCUGGUCUUGUCUACCAGGCUAUUUGUACAGUAUCUUAUUUUGUACCAAGCAGUCAUAUUCCUAUGUGGUUGUUUCAAACCAUAGUAUAUCUACCCUGAUAUUAUGCAUUAUAAACUAAUGCCUUCUCAUCAUGUGAGCUUCUCGGUUAUCUUUCAGCAUAGCUGAAUAAAAGCUGCAAUAUUUCUUUUUAGAAAGUCAAUAACUAUGGCAGUACAAAAAAAUAACAAAUGUCUGUCAAACUCAACUAAUUUGCAGUAUUUAUCUAUUAUUGUCUUUUGGUGUUUUCAAAUCCGAUAAACACUGUAAUCAAGCUCAUUAAAGUUACAAUUAACGUUAGAGAAAUAUACAGUUCUUAAAGAACCAUGUAUUGCAUGUAUUUACCACACACAUAGAUUCUCAUGACAUUAUUAAAUGGCUUGUUGACUAUUUGUAGAAAUCCGAACAUAAAAGAACUUUACACUUUAAACUGCCCAUCUUCAGCUUGGUGUCCUCCAAAGACUUUCAGAUUAGAAGCCUCAGAAUUUCCAACCAGUUACAAAUUAGAACCCCAAGGACAGGUGGUUAGAGAAAGUUCUUUUAAAGCGUAAUAUUUAGCCUCUGUUCAAAAUAGUGUUACAUUGUUUAAUUGAUGUUGUUUUAAUUUGGUUUCAUACAGAGUUGUAUUAAUUAAGAUGAUUUAUUUCUGAUUUGUGUGGUUACUGGUGAACAUGGAAGUUUUUUGUAUAUUGUUUAUGAGAUAAGAGAUUAACUUUUUUAUUUAUCUGAAUCUUGGGAAUUAAAACCUCAUGAUAUCUC